AGCCUCCCGCACCGGUUCGCCCCCAAAUCUCAUUCGCUACGCCGAUGGGCCGAAAGAAGCGAACCCCCGCACCAAACCCUACUCCGCCCCCGGCCCCGCCCGACGCCCCCGACCGGCCGCAGGCCGCGGCGGCGGCGGCGGGGGGAGGGGAUGACGCCGCCGUGCGCGCCGAGGUCGAGAAGGCGCUCGCCUGCCUGCAGCGAGGGAGCCACGCGAGGGCGCUGAGGCUCAUGAAGGACACCGUAGCGCGGCACGGCGAGGGGUCCUCGCCGCUCCUCCUCCGCGCGCAUGGCACCGUGCACGCCCGCGCCGCCGCCGUCCUCGACGACCCCGCCGCCCGCGCGCGCCACCACCGGGUGGCCCUCGAAGCGGCCCGCCGCGCCGUCGAGCUCGCGCCGGACUCGGUGGAGCUGGCCCAUUUCCACGCCAUGCUGCUAUACGAGGUCGCCCCCGACGCCCGCUCGUACGAGGACGUCGUCGCCGAGUGUGAGCGUGGGCUCAACAUCGAGGCUCCCUCCGACCCGGCGCCUCACUCCCUAAGGCUGCCCGCCCCCGACGUCGAGCAGGUCCAUUCCGAGCUCCGCAGUCUGAUCCAGAAGGCCAACCUCGCCUCCAUCUCCACGUGGGUGAAAACCCUGGGUGGCGCUGGGGAGGACAAGCUUCGCCUGAUCCCUGUGCGCCGCCUGGCUGAGGAACCCUUGGAGGCCCGCCUUGUCCCCACAGUGGCCCCUCCGCGCCGGACAAACGAGAUCAAGAAGGCCACAAAGACUCCCGAGGAGCGCCGCCAGGAGAUCGAGGUGCGGCUCGCUGCUAUGAGGUUACUGCAGCAGCAAAAGGAGCAGAACAAUGCUGUUGUCGCUGCCGAUUCCUCAUCUUCGCAGUCACAAGGAGACGAGCCCCCCUCCUCAUCGUUUCAGUCAUCCGCAGGUGGACAUCGUGCUGACCGGAGAAAAGGUGGGUCCAGGAAGGCCAUAAUUUCAUCGGCGCCCAAUCGCAUGGACCAGGUGCGUGUGUUCUGGGACACAAUACCCGUGGAACGGAGGCUUGCAUUCUUAAAGACUAGCAUUUCUGAGCUGAAGUCACACUAUGCUGCUGCAAUGCAUAAGGAGAAAGAUGCUGGCAAUGCAGCAUCUGACGUGCUUAAUCAGGUGCUAGGGUUUGCCACUAAGAGCGGUAAGUGGGAUUUCUGGGUGUGUGGCCAGUGUCAGAAGCGAUUCCCAGAUGUGGAGUCACUCCAGUGGCAUGUGUUGCGAGAGCAUGUCGGUGUACUCUCACCUAGGUUGCAGGAUAUGGUGCCACAGGAGAUUGAUGCUGACUGGGCAGCAAUGCUCAUUGGUUGGAACUGGAGACCGUUGGAUGCUACUGCAGCAUUGAAAGUGCUCGAGGAAGAGCAAGCCGACAAUCUUGGCCCAGAUAGGGACAAGGAUUCAAUGACGUCGGAUAAUUGGAGUAACAAAGACAAAUCGGACACGUCAGAAUCCUCAGCUUCACCACACAAUGAGGAGUGUGAUAGUUUUGGAGUGGUGAUGAGGGAAGGUGACCGUAAGUGGCCACUCUCUGAUGAUGGCGAAAGGGCAAAUAUUUUAGAGAGGAUUCACUCAUUGCUCCAAAUCCUUGUGAACAACAAGAAUCUUUCAGUGAGCAAUCUGAACAGGGUGAUACAAUUUUCUAUAGAGGAACUCAGGGGGAUGCCUUCCGGGUCACUGCUGCUUAAUCACUCGCUGGAUGAGUCGCCACUCUGCAUUUGCUUCUUGGAGGCAUCAUCACUGCGGAAGGUACUCAAAUUCUUGCAGGACUUAACGCAGUCUGCUGGACUUAAUAGGCAGUUAGAGAAGGAUGAAGGACUAGGUGAUGGGGAUAGUUUCCCAAACAAACACGAUAUACAGGAGAAGGUUACACUAAAUUCUGAUUCAUCGGAACUGAUCCUUGAUGGCCAGAGUUUUGGUGGGAAGUUUGACCCCGAGAAUGUUGACACUGAUGCACUGCUUUCAUGGUUGUAUGCUGGAUCUUCAAUUGGAGAGCAGCUGUUGUGUUGGAAUCGUAUGCUUGACAAAAGGUCAAAUCAGGGCAUGGAUCUUCUUCGAGCGCUUGAGAGGGAGUUCAACAACUUGCAAAACUUAUGUGAACGGAAGCAUGAACAGCUGAGCAAUGAGGAGGGCUUGCUUGCUAUAGAGAACCUCUUUUGUGAAGAGCAAAGGCGAAGGGGGCACGUUGGGCGUUAUGCAUUCCAAGGAUACGAGGAGCUCCUCAGGAAGCGGCAGGAGUUCUUGGAGCGCAAUGCUGAGGAGCUGUUCAAUGGUAGCAGAUCCGAGUUAGAUGCAAUCUCAACUAUUUUGAAGGAAGUUCACACAUCACACUUUGGUUAUGAUGAGACCUUUUCUGGCAUGACCCCACGCUUGUGUGAUUUUGAUGGGGCAGAAGAUGAGUGGAGGCUGCAUGAUUUUAUACAUCCAAAUGAUUCGGUGGUGAUGAUGGUUGUUACAAAGAUGAAGGAACAAAUUACUGUCGAGCUUAGCAAGAUAGAUGCGAGGAUUAUGCGAAAUGUAGCUGUGAUGCAGCAACUGGAGCGCAAGCUUGGACCUGCUUCCGCUCUUGAUUAUCGAAUGAUUCUUCUUCCGCUCAUGAAAUCAUUCUUGCGAAGCCAUUUGGAAGAACUGGUGGACAAGGAUGCCAGAGAGAGAUCUGAUGCUGCUAGGGAAGCCUUCCUGGCUGAACUUGCCUUGGAUGCUAAGAAGAAUGCAAGCAAAGGGGGUGACAUGAAACAAUCCCAUGAGAAAUCAAAGGACAAGAAGAAGUUGAAGGAUUCUCGGAGACCUAAGGAGCUCAAGGAUUCAAGCUGGAGUGGCCAGUAUCUUGUUUGCCAGGACAGUGCUGAUGAGGAAACAACAGAGAAGCUUCAAAUUCUUGCUGAUUGUGAUGAUUUGGACUGCAAGCUUUCGACAAGUGAUGAUUACUUCAAUGAACAAGAGGAAGAACUUAGGCAUAGGGUACAACUUGAAGCGGAGGAAAGAAAGCUGGAAGAGACUCUGGAAUAUCAACGGCGGAUAGAGGAGGAAGCAAAGCAGAAGCAUCUUGCAGAACAAUAUAGAAGUUCCUAUGCGUCUUCUGUUAUUGGGGCAUCUGGUCUUUCAAAUACUGUGAAUUUAAACAGGGGCCAGGAUAAACAUGAAAGUGCUCUCAAUAACUCUUUGCCUGCUUAUCUCGAAGGCAUAAAGUUUGGUGAUUUUCACGUUUCUGAAGUUCCUUUGCGAGAAGAAAACUCUAGCUCUGGAUUAUGUGGCAUGAAUCUGCUGCAAAACACUGAGAACUGUUUUAGCGAGAAACAUAAUGGAUUGGGCUCUCCUGGGGCACAGGCAUUAACCAGCAGCGAUAUGGAUAUCUCUAAGUUAACAUUGAAAAUGAACGGAAUUUGGAAAAAUGCACAACACAUAAAGCCUCUGGGUAAUCCUAGCAUCCAAAGGCCUAAGAAAAGUACUAGUGAUCCACAUAAGAAAUACACCCAAGGUGUGCCCGGUGCCAUUUAUGUUGAUGAUGAUAGGGCAUCUAGUCCACAAUUUGGUAUGCCAGCUCCUAGAUGGAGUGGUUCUGGUAAAGUAGCUCCCUUUGCAAAUCACGGCUAUCAAGAUGGAAAACAGAAUCAGCUACAUGUUUUGCCUUCAGAUGAUCCACAAUUUGUUCAUAAAGGUCACUCAGCAGUAACAGAGAAGCCAAAUUUUGAGAAAGUUGACAGUGGUGCAAUGCCAUCAGCAGCUGUCUGUGUCGAGGAUGAUUUUGAUAAAAGGUUCCAAGAAGACCUCAAUGAAGCUAUGCGCCAAAGCCUUGGUCAUGAUGCUUCUUCUGCUGAUACAACAAGCACUUCAAAUGGGGAAGAAGUGUAUGGGGCUGGCCUUAAAAAUGCUGCUGGUGAAUACAAUUGUUUUUUGAAUGUGAUUAUUCAGUCAUUAUGGCAUAUAAGGCAGUUUCGAGACUACUUCCUUAAAACAUCAUCACUACACAAGCAUGUUGAAGAUCCUUGUGCUGUCUGUGCAUUAUACAAUAUCUUCAUUGACUUGAGCAAAGCAUCCAAGGGUCAAGGAGAAGCUGUUGCACCUACUUCAUUGAGGAUCGCUUUGAGCAAAUCCUACCCGAACAGCAAAUUCUUCCAGGAGGGACAAAUGAAUGAUGCAUCUGAGGUAUUAGGGGUAAUCUUUGAGUGUUUGCAUAAAUCAUACACUUCUCGUGCUGUCUGCCAUGGUAAAUCUCAUGAAAAGAAUUCUAUUGGAUCAUGGGAUUGUGCAAAUAGUUCUUGCAUAGCACACAGUCUUUUUGGAAUGGAUGUAUAUGAACGGAUGAACUGUCACAAUUGUAAAUUGGAGUCUAGGCGGCUCAAAUACACUUCAUUUUUCCACAAUAUCAAUGCUAGUUCACUCCGAACUGCAAAGACGAUGUGUCCACAUUAUUCGUUUGAUGAACUUUUGAAGGUUGUUGUGAUGAAUGACCAACUAGCUUGUGAUCAAGAUGUUGGUGGCUGUGGAAAACCAAAUCAUAUUCACCACAUUCUUUCUAGUUCCCCACAUGUUUUUACAGUUGUUUUGGGAUGGCAGAAUAACAAAGAGAGUGUGGAUGACAUUUCUGCAACUCUGAUUGGUAUUUCAACUGAAAUAGACAUUAGCAUUUUCUACCGUGGUCUAGAUCAAGGACGCAAACACACACUGGUGUCAGUGGUUUGUUACUACGGGCAGCAUUAUCAUUGCUUUGCUUUCAAGGAUGGACGGUGGGUCAUGUAUGAUGACCAGACAGUUAAGGUUAUUGGUAGUUGGGAUGAUGUGCUCGUGAUGUGUAAAAAGGGUCAUUUGCAACCGCAAGUGCUUUUCUUUGAGGCCGCCAAUUAAUUAUUCUUCAGAGUCGACUGUGCUGUGCAGUGGUUAGCAUGCCCUCUGAUAUAGGUUUUUCCCUGUGAUCGUGAAGAUUAGGAAUAGAUUAGUAAAUUCGUUUUGGGAGGGGAGAUAUAGCAGUCUUCAACAGUUGCAUUGAUCUGUGACCUUUUGUCGAGCCUUCUUAAUAAGCAUUCAUUUGACAUACUAGGGCAAAAAGGGGCUGUUUAUCCUUUCGUUUUUUCUUUAGCCUUGGGUAUAGUUGCUGAACUUCUGAUCCUUCAUCUGCCAAUAAGAUUUCACCGUCUAUCAAGUGGAUGGGGCAUUCGACAUGUGUUGCCAUCGAGGGACUGGAACAAUGAAAAGGUGCAGCUGAGUUUGUCUGGAGCUCUUCAUUUUGCACCAGUGAUGUAUAGAAUUUUGUGCUUACAAUGAGAAGGCUGGUAUAGGAGUGUCUGUUUUGCUGCCGUAAGGUUUCAAAAGGGAAAAGAAGGGAAGUGGUGUCUACUGUAUUUGUUCGUCGAAAAUUGUUGGGAAAAGAAAUGCAAAUUGGAAUAUGGUACCAACGUUGUGAAGGUAUCAUUUCGAGAAGUCUGUAAAGCUUGAGGCUAUACAGAAAUGAAUCAAUAUGAUUAUGUGAGAUGGUUAUAGCGAUGAAUAACAGAAACCUUAUCGCUA